AUGGAGACGAUGAAAGAAGAGCCAGCGCAAGGGAAUUCAGCAGACAGUGCUGCAGCCGCCGGAGGUACGACACAAUCUAUGAUGGUAAAAGCUAUAGACAGUGGAGAUGGUAGAUCUAAGGAUUUUUUUCGCCGAGAAGUUGUGAAGGUUUUGAUGGAGGUGGUGACCAGAAUUGGAUAA